AAGCUCAAGAUUGUGAAAGUGAAAAAUGGAGGGGUAUUUUAUGCACGUUUCACAAGCAGUAGCUGAAGCCAGAUUUGGAAAGGAUUUGGAGGAAAAGGUUUAUUCCAUCCGUGAACUGAAAACUUGGAAGUUUUGGAGGGCCGUGUUGGCGGAGUUCGUGGGGACUAUGUUGUUUGUCUUCCUAGGAUGCGCUUCCACAUUAACUAACCCCAUUAACCCUGUCAGAAUAGCGCUUGCAUUUGGACUGGCUAUUAUGGCCCUUAUUCAGAUGUUUGGUCACAUUUCCGGAGGACAUUUCAAUCCUGCGGUUUCUUUGGGACUUUUGGCGAGUUUUCAGAUCACUAUUUUUCGCGCUUUGCUUUACACAGUUGCUCAGACCAUAGGCGCCAUUGUGGGAGGCAUGAUUCUGAAAGGAGUGACACCGGGUGAUUUUCAUGCCAAUCUGGGAGUGACCAAAGUCUCCGAUAGCUACACUCUUUUACAAGGAGUAGCCAUUGAGCUGAUUUUAACCUUUUGUCUUGUCUUUGUCAUUGUUGCGACAACAGACGGAAACAGGACAGAUUUUGGUAGUGUUUCUCUGAAAAUUGGGCUUACAGUAGCAAUGCUGCAUUUUUCUUCUAUCACCUUGACGGGGUCCAGUAUGAACCCUGCCCGAUCCCUAGGGAGUGCUGUAGCCUCCAACGACUACGACACACACUGGGUGUACUGGGUAGGACCAAUACUUGGAGGUUGCAUAGCUAGCCUGUUGUACAAAUUCCUAUUCUCUCCAUAUAGAGGAGCAAUAUCUAACGACGAAGCUACUCAUAAAUUGCUUGCAGAAGGAAAUAUGAUUGCAAUCCCAAGGAAUUACUUUACCGGAACCACAGAAGCGACAUUUAAUGGGAAGAAGUUGGAUUCUUCCAAUCUCUAAAUAGUAUCCAUCAAAAAGUUCAUACAGCUUUAAGACCAAGUUUCAAUUCCAUUUUAUAAAAAUAUAAGAAUGCUAAUUGACUGAUACAAUCUUAGUCACUUUAAUAUUAUACGGGUAUUGAGGCAUUCUGCAGUUGCUUGUUUAGUUAGCUGCCCUUCUUCUUGGCACAGUAGCUUUAAUAGUCAAAUCGUUUGCAAUUGCAAUCAAUGUCUGAAAAAUAUUUUGAGCAAUUUUAAUGCUAUACGUCUCUCUCUCUCUCUUUCUCUCUCUCUUUUGGUGUGUAUCAAAUUUUCUAUUCAUUAUUGGUUCCAUGCUUUGAAACAUAUGAUUUUCUCAAUGAUUAGGUUAAAAAAUGUCAAUAACUGUCAAGUAAAAGAGUGGUUUAUAAAUGGUCUAUUGAAGUGAAACAAGGACAUGUAUAUAAUCCAGUAGGCUCACUAUGUGAAUAUAGCGCACUGUUUUGGCACCGGAAGCUGGUGCGAUUUUGAAUUAACACAUUUUGUAUUCCUGUCAGAUCAUUGUUAUAAAACCCCUUCAUGAAAUGGCAGGGGCAUGGUUUUUUUUUUUUUGUCCACCUAAUGUUAGUCCUUCUUAAUACCAUUUCGUCAAAUCAACUCGUUAAGUUUUAUAAUAUACUUGAAUUUUCACUUUAGUAGGUAGGUUUUUACGCAUCAAACUAAACUUCCGGCUCGAAGAUGGACAGUUUUUAAUAAAAAUUCUAGAUGUGGGAACAUAUAAUUAAAGAUUAUUUUGAAAAAGAAGGUUCUGGUAAGCUUUCUAUUAAGUAUAUAGGGAGGACUUAUGAAAUAGAAAUUGAAGGAUAGUGCCAAAUGUACAUUUUUGAUUAAAUUCUUGAUUUAUGAGCAAAAACAACAAAUCUGAAGAUUUAGAUAGCAAGAUUACUACAUUUCAUGACAAAUUUCUUCAGUAUUUGCAGCGAGGCUUUGGUAUUAAAUAAAGCCCAAACUCAAACAUGAAGAAUUUCUUAUCACUCUUGAUUUCUGGGACAAAAAUAGUAAAUGUAUACGUCUCGAGAAAUUCUAGUAAUCUUGUUUCAUUCAAUAUUUCCUAUUAUUUUUUAGGGUCAAAUUUGUAGCUGGACAUUGUGAAAUAGAUAUAAAUAUUAAGCUUUUAUAUUUGACUUAAACUUGAAUGUGAGGACAAAAAAGGGUAAAUAUUAAUAUAAACAAUCUUCUUACUGUUCAGACUACAACUUUUUCUGAUUUUUUUCUAGGCGUUUCAGGAAGACAGCAAAAUAAUUUAUCUUUUGCGAGGGCAUAUGUUUUUCAUAAAGUGUUUUUUUCUUUUUUUUUUCUUUUUUUCUUUCUUUUUUUUUUUUUUUUUUUUUUUGUAUUACUGAUAUAAUUGUAUACAGAUUAUUAGAUCUUCCAAAUAUAGAAAUGUAUAUUACAAUGUCAUUUUUGUUGAUUUUGUUAGCUUUAAAUGAAUGGCAUUGUAGAGAAAUGGCAAUAUUUCAUGUGUUACAGAUAUAACCUACUUCGUCACAUGACGUAUAUUUUAUUAUAAUUUGUUUUGUUUUUUUAAUAUUUUGUUUCGUUGUAUAUAGUUUAGUAAACUUUUUAAUAUCCCAAAUUUACAUGUAUAUCCCACAUUUAUAUUCGUGUAACCCCUGAAAACUUGAAUUUAUAUGUCAAUAAGGUGAAAACGACAAAAUAUUUUUAAAAAAUUCAAGAAAGUGAAAAAGAUAUUAAUUGUUUAAUUGAAUGUAUACAUGUAUAAAGCCUUUUCGUUAUUAUUUAAAAUUAAUUUCCUAUGAAUUCAAAAUUCAUUUAUAAAAUCCAUAUGUACUGUUUAUUUGUAAUGAUGUAUUUUUUUUUACAUGUUUAAAUAUAUGUCACAGUCAAGUUGCCAAAUCGAUCGCGAAAGUAUAUAAUUAAUUUGGUAACCUUCCUACCUUGUUGAUCAGUUGUUGAUUUGUUAACGGUCUUCACUUUUAUAUACUACUAUUGUUUAAUGUUCCAUAAAUAGAAAAAAAAAUGUUGAUAUUUGUGUAACGUUUACGUAUGAAGCAAUAUUCCCAACAGAGAGCAUAGAGGAUAUUCAAUUAAUGUUCUUAAUUAAAAGUUGGAUAUGUA